AUGGUGAAAGUACUCCCAAAAGAACUCGAGUACAAGAACACAUACCUCAANAAAAUCAUCCUAGGAUGCUCCAAGCGCACAAGUAAUGCAUCCGUCAGGGCAGAAUUGGGGAUCCAAUCCCUACGGUCGGGAAGAGACGCGAGGAAGCUGACAUGGCAGUAUCGCAUGUGCGAGAUGGGAGAGGAGAGGUUGCCGAGAAUUGUAUGGGAGGCGAAGUGGGCAAACUAUAAGAGGGGUAGACAACCCACGGAAUGGAUCAAGGUUGUAGAGGACGUAUGGAAGGGGCUCGACAUCGACGAAGAUGAAACGCUGGAAACGGAGGGUCUACAGGGGUUCAAGGAGCAGAUAUCUAUUGCUUGUGCCGAGAGAGAACAGAAUAUAUGGAAAGAAUCCAAGGAUAAGGAGGGUCAAGAAGUGUACGGAAUGUUGAAGGAAGGUAUAGGGUUCAAGGACUACCUACAUGGACCAAUGGAUGCAGGAACAAAGCUUAAGGUCAAAUUCAGGACCGGGGACAUAGGCCUUCGAGAACGUCGACGAAGACAUAGGACGGUAGACGAGGAAGACGACGAGUUCAAAUGUGAUUGCGGCUUCGAAUGCGAAGACCGUGUUCAUGUAGUCGCGGAAUGUCCGUUGUACAAG